AUGGAUAACUCACAGGCCUCCACGACGGAUACAGAUAUUCCACUUUAUCAAAGGAAUCGUUACCACUAUUUGGUUGAUAGCCUCACUUUCGUAGACGCCGUACCUAUAGAACUUGAAUCACGCAUCCACGAUCUAGUAGCUGAGGAAAAGAGAAAAAUUCUCGAAGAAUUUAACGGCGAUGAAGAUGCACUAUUAAACAGUUAUAUUAAACCAAUUGCUACGACACCGGAUCACACCGAUUCAACACAUGUGUAUCAUGCUGAAGUAGAGCGGAAGGCGCAGGGCAUGCCUUUACAAGCUCUGGAUUUAGAUAAAUAUACGACAUAUACACAUGUCAAGGAUCACAACCAACGUAGAGAUCAUCUAAGAAUCUUAACAGAGUACGCCCAUGACGCGCAACUUAAUCUAGAGGCACUCGAUCGAUAUAAAGAAAAUGCAUGGUUAAGUCAUCUAGAUGAUAUAUCUUCGCUCAAAACAAGACUCUCAAAGGAAAAGGCAAAACUAGAAGCUGAAAUAGAACAACUAAAUAAAGAUCGCAAAGUUAACAAUAUAGAAUGGGCUUCAAAAAUACGUACACUUAUACAAGAAUAUGAUGAAUACAAAUCAAAGUAA